AUGGAAGAGGUUUCAUUGCUGCCAAGUCCUUACAAAAAUCUCCUCAAUUUGGCACAAACGCGCAAACAGCUUUCCAGCCAUGCCAUUUCUCAGCUUUACCUCAACGACGUCAGAGACUCAUUGGAAGUUGACCCUGAAUCCAAUAUGCCCCUGACCCUUCAAUGGGCUUGCUGGUUCGGAGCCUUGGAAGCAGCCAAAAUGUCGUUAGAAGGUCUACGAAGAGCUGGCGUGGAUGUCAAGUGCAAAAUCAACCAGCCUUUCAAAAACGAAACCCUCUACAAGUUGCGUUACAAGGAGGCAAAGAAGACAGGACCUUCUGGUCCGGCUUAUGGAUACUUGCAUUGGGGCAGUCAAAGCGGUCUUUUGCAUUUGGCGUGUUUACGCGGAAAUAUAGCCAUUGCCGAGUUGCUCAUAGAGAAGGGUGCUGACCCAGAUGCCCUAGAUGGAAAGGGUCUCCCCCCAUUGGCUUAUUCAUUAAAUGAAGACGUGGUCAAAUUUCUUAUCGAAAACGGAGCCAAUGUCAACUUGACUGACGACGGUUCAGGCGAGUCGAUGCCAUCUCAAAUACUGGAGUGGGCAAUAAAGUGUAUCCAAGUUUAG